UAAAAGAUAAUUCAAGUGCAUUACAUGAUAAACCACUUAAUAGUUUCAAGUUCAAUAGUUGCAAUGUGGUAUAUAAGCUCAACUCAUUUCCCUACAAAUCAUUCCACAAUUUAGUUUUUCUUCUCCUUCAAAAUGUUGACGCUCAUCGUUGUACUCAGUUUGGUCACUGGAAGCCUGUCUUCCGUUCUGUGCCCAACCAAGGUCGACCCGGCAAAGACUGUCCACCUACCACAUCCAACCAGCUGCUCCAAAUUCCUCACAUGUGUAGGAAACCAUCCGGUAGAACAGGACUGCCCCGCCGGAUUGCACUGGAAUGUGGGAAACUCAUUCUGCGACUACCCCCGAGCCUCUGGAUGUUCCCGCGGUGAAGAUUCGGACCAACUGGACAACAGGCCAUACAAUUCCACCGCCGUUGCCAACAGUAUCUGCCUUCCGCAGUCGAGCCGAUGUCCGCUGAAUUCCAAUCCUUCGCAGGAUGUCAUCUUCCUGAAGCAUCGUGACUGCCGGAAGUUCUACGCGUGUGUUUCCACCCAACAGGUUGAGCUGUCCUGCCCACCGGAGUUGUACUGGAAUGCUCGGGCCUGCGUGUGUGACUACGAAGUGGAAGCGGAGUGCGAAGGAAUGAACAGAUUGAUGGAGGAUGUACCGGAAGAAGUUGAUGGAAAGCCGGAGGAUGCGGAAGCUCAAGUACCUGAACAAGAACCAGCUCAAGAACAAGAUCAGGAACCUGAGUCGGAACCAGCUGAGGAAAACGAGCAAAGCGCUGACUUCGCAUCAGAAGUGAGAGUUCGUCGAGCUGCCGAUGCAAGUAGCUCCAGCAGCAACGGCUCUGACACAAGUGGAUCAAGUGGAAGUGGAUCAAGCGGAUCGAGUGGCACAAGUGGUUCCGGUUCCAGUGGAUCCACGUCACAGUCGGGAGCUGAUAUUCGUGCCGUUUCUUCAAUAGCCAUGCUUGCGUUUACGGCGGCCAUGAGCGUUCUGUAAGGGAAGUUGCAUUCAUUUUCCGGGAUUUUAGAAAAUUGGUGAUGGAUAAUAUGAUUCGGACGAAAAUAUAUUAAUCAAGGAAUA